AGUGUUGAGUUAAGUUUGGUCUGUUGCUGUCGCCCUUUUUUUGAAGUGCAAAAAGCUGAGUUCAGUUGAUGCUGUAAAAUUUUUAAUUUGUUUAAUUCAUUUUAAAAGAUUUAAUUAGUUUAAUUAAUAAACGAAAAAAACUAAAUGUUUAUGUUGCGCCGUUUUGCUAAGUUCAAAAAUUUCAAAAUUAAUUUUGGUGUAGUGAAUUUACAGCCAAAAGCGUUAAAUCAAACACUAUUUCGUACCGUACCAGAAAACAAUAAGAAGUCUUUCUCAACUGGAACCGCAAACUUUGCUACACAGCAAAUGGCUACAAAGGAAUUUGCCUUGAAUGAAGUUGAAGGUGAUCUAUUCAGCGCACCUAAGAACUUUUCGCUUGCCCACUGCGUGGCUGCUGAUUUCGGUAUGGGCGCUGGUAUUGCUGUGAAGUUUAAGCAAAUGUAUGGAAGUGUGGAUGAAUUAUUGUCACAAGGUGUGCAAACUGGUGGCGUUGCUGUGCUUAAGGAUAACGAUCGUUUUGUUUAUUACCUGGUUACUAAGCGAGUUAGUUCUGGAAAGCCAACUUACAAUAGUUUACGCUCAUCUCUACAAGCAAUGUGUGAACACAUGCGAUGCAACAAUGUUGACAAGUUGGCUAUGCCAAGAAUCGGGUGUGGCAUUGAUGGCCUUCAAUGGGACAAAGUUAGCACUGAACUGAAAGGUGUAUUUGGUAAAGACAAAUUAGAAAUUGUUGUUUAUAACUUUGUACCUAAAUAAUAAAAAUGAACUAUUAAUUCAAAAUAAAGUUUAGUUAG